AUGGUUAUCCCGAGCCCAUUCGUUUAUUGGGCCCAAACAGACAAAACUAUAUCACUAAAAAUUGAUUUAAAAAAUGUGAUCAAACCCGAUAUUAGUGUAGGCGAUAAUAAUAUAAAGUUUAAGACUAAAGGUAUCGGUGCCCACGGAGAAACCAAUUAUGAGUUUAGUUUGGAUUUAUUUUCGUCUGUUAAACCGACAAACGAAGCUACAACAGUUCGCAUCUUCGACAAUAGAGUAGAUGUCGUCAUUCAGAAAGAGAAGCCGUCCUGGUGGCCACGUCUCACUGCUCAGCCACAGAAGCCAGCAUGGCUUAAGAUUAACUUUGAUCUAUGGAAAUCUGAGGAUGGACAGGAAAGUGAAGAAGAACGGAAUGUUAUGCAAGACUACCCUGGCUUGUAUGAUACAUUACAAAAGGAAGAAAUGGGAUAUCGGAAAGAGGAUUUCAAGAAAGUCUACCUAGUUAUGUACAAUCUAUUCCAAUUUAUUGGAUACACUUAUGUAUUGUGUGUCAUCGGAAUACGGUAUGCGAAAUUGGAAUAUGAUUCAGUUGCCGAUACUUAUGAACAUGUCGGUCCAGCCAUGAAGUUCCUACAACUUAUGAUGUUUUUGGAGGUCAUGCACCCUAUGUUUGGUUACACAAAGGGUGGUGUACUUGUACCAUUUCUUCAAGUCAGCGGUCGGGCGUUUAUACUCUUUGUUAUGAUUGAAUCAGAGCCUCGAAUGCAGACGAAACCUGUUGUGUUUUAUCUUUUCAUACUUUGGAGUACUAUUGAAAUUGUCAGAUAUCCAUUCUACAUAGCUCAGUUGUAUAAGAAAGAAAUAUAUAUAUUGACCUGGCUGCGUUAUACUAUGUGGAUACCAUUAUACCCUUUGGGUAUAAUGUGCGAGGCCAUAGUAAUUUUAAGGAAUAUACCAUAUUUUGAGGAAACAUUGAAAUUUACGGUAUCUAUGCCCAAUGAAUGGAAUUUCGCUUUCCACAUGCCAACGUUUUUACGAGUCUACUUAUUAGUACUCACAUUCCCUGGCAUGUAUUUCGUUAUGAGUCACAUGCAUAAAUUGAGAACAGUGAAAUUGAAACCAAAGAUUGUUAUAAAGAAAUGUAAAUAA